AUGUACGCGUCUCCGAGUCAGGGCUGGUUCGCAGGGCCACCAAUCAAAGAGGAACCUCUGGCUCUCUUGGGCCUCCUACGUCGUAAUUGCCUCUCCCUUGCCCCGGGACGGGGCGAAGAAAGUGAAAUAACAGCGGGAAAUGAUCCCGAGUUUCCCAAGGGACACCCAUCCGCGAAAUUCCAGGCCCCGCUGUUUCCCCGAGGGGCACCCUGGGCUAAAAGGAUCAGCCACAAGUUAGCAAGGAUCACGGACUGUGUUGAAAUGCUGGCCCCAAGAGCAGUACAAAAUGUUUUCAAAACUUCCAGCCUUGGCCGUCUCUCGCAAAGACAGUUGCAGAAUCGGAAGCGGCCUCGCUUGGAGUCAUUUUCCGAAGCUUGUUUUGGCAGUCUCUCAGCCUGUCGAAAAGCAGGCGGGAGGAGGGAGAGAGCUGGGAGCGCCCCCGUGAGUGAGGACAAGCUGCAUGUAGGUGGCAACAGAGGUGACAGUGCAGGGAUCGGAGUGAAGGGAGAAGGAGGGAAGAGGUGGGGGGUGGCGGCGGGGAACCGAAGAAAGAGCCGGGGACCCCGGGGGACACCAAAUCCAAAUACUACAUUGACUGUUAAUGUGGGCACCAACUUGGGCUGGUUCCCCUUUGAUCCUCACACAGGGUGGCAAAUGCCAGGCCUUUCUUUUUUUGACGUUUUGCACACCAAAUGCACCAAAGUCACACCUGAAAGCCCAAGGUUGCUGUUUGUGGUUGAGCAGCCAAUGAAGGCCGUCAUGACACUUUUGGCUUCUGCUGUUCUCUCCUUUUCAGAUAUGACAGAAGAGCGCCUAGGAGAAGGCAGUACAGCCGACAACACAGAGGUCUACAGUGACAAAGACACAGACCAGAGGAGCUCCCCAGAUAUGACCAAAAGUAAAAAUUGCUUCACCCCGGAGAGCCCAGAAAUCGUGUCAGUGGAUGAAGGUGGCUAUGCCAUUCAGAAAAAUGGCGGCACCACCGAGAGCAGGGCCGAUAGCCCCAAGUACCAUUCUGAGCAAAAUCACCUCCUGAUCGAAGGCCCGUCGGGAACUGUUUCUCUGCCUUUUAGCCUGAAAGCCAACAGACCGCCCUUGGAAGUGUUAAAAAAAAUAUUCCCCAACCAGAAGCCAACCGUGCUUGAGCUGAUUCUGAAGGGCUGCGGGGGCGACCUGGUGAGUGCCGUGGAGGUCCUCUUAUCCAGCCGGUCAUCAGUCACUGGAGGGGACCGAACUUCUGCCGAAUCAGAAAGUCUUGUUUUGCCUUCCAACGGGCACAUUUUUGAGCACACGUUGAGUUCGUACCCCCUCUCCUCUUCUAAGUGGUCCGUGGGGUCUGCCUUUAGAGUUCCUGACACGCUGCGGUUUUCCACCGAUUCUAGCAACGUAGUGCCCAAUCCUUUGGCAGUCCCCUUGCAGCACCCCUUUCCCCAGCCGCCCCGCUACCCUUUGAUGCUGAGGAAUACUUUGGCCAGAAAUCAGUCCAGCCCCUUUCUGCCCAAUGACGUCACCUUGUGGAACACCAUGACCCUGCAGCAACAGUACCAGCUGAGGUCUCAGUACGUCAGUCCCUUCUCCAGUAACUCUACCAGUGUCUUCCGCAGUUCUCCCGUCCUUCCCACUCGCACGCCGGAAGAUCCUCGGAUCUCGCUCCCUGAGGAUGGAUGCCCCAUUGUGUCAAAGCAGCCUAUUUACACAGAGGAUGACUAUGACGAAAGGUCCGAUUCCUCAGACUCUAGAAUACUCAAUACGUCCUCCUAAGGUGGCGCCCGACAGCUGGCUAAGCGUUGCAACACUUGGUCACCACGAAGAGGAAGCAUACUGUCCAAGGCUCCUUUAAUGAC